AUGCAGCCUCCCCUAAGGCUUUCGACUCUCGGCUUCCUCCUGUUGUGUCUGGCCUGGGGCCAGCCAUCCAAGUUUCAAGAAUAUGACUUUUUGCAGUUUCUGGACUUGGAGAAAGCGCCUUCACCUCGCAGGUUCCAACCUGUGCCCCGCAUCUUAAGGAAAAUCUUCCAGGCUCGAGAAGCUGCUGCAGCCGGCGGGGUCUCGCAGGACUUCUGCUAUGUGAAGGAGCUUGGUGUCCGUGGGAACCUGCUUCGGCUUCUCCCAGACCAGGGUUUCUUUCUUAACACACAGAAUCCUUCCCGAGACGGCUCUUGCCUACAGAAGUACCUCUACUUUAACUUGUCUGCUAUCAAAGAGAAGGGAACGUUGACCAUGGCCCGGCUGACUCUAGACUUGGGGCCCAGGUCCUACUACAACCUGGGGCCAGAAGUGGAGGUGGCUCUGUCUGUGGCUGAGGGGCCUGGUGUGUGGGGACGAUCCCUCCCGAAGCCAGGCAGAAGGCUUGCACUGCAGUCUGUCCCAGGACCUCAGGGUCCUCUUCAUUUCAACCUGCAGGAUGUGGUUAAGGACUGGAACGGCAACCGACUGAAGAAUUUGGGCUUGUACUUAGAGAUUCUGGCCAAAGGGGACAGGCACUCUGGGGUAAAUUUCCAGGUCGAGAACACCUGUGACCGGCUGCUGCGUUCUCUUCGUGCCUCUCUGCUGGUGGUGACCCUCAAUCCCGAUCAUUGUCCCUCUUCUUCCAGAAAAAGGAGGGCAGCCAUCCCCGUCCCCAAGGGUUCUUGUAGGAAUCCCUGCCAUCGUCAUCAGCUGUUCAUCAACUUCCGGGACCUGGGUUGGCACAAGUGGAUCAUUGCCCCCAAGGGGUUCAUGGCAAAUUACUGUCAUGGAGAUUGUCCCUUCUCAAUGACCACAUAUUUGAAUAGUUCCAAUUAUGCUUUCAUGCAGGCGCUGAUGCAUGCGGUUGACCCCAAGGUCCCCAAGGCUGUCUGUAUCCCCACCAAGCUGUCUCCCAUUUCCAUGCUCUAUCAAGAUAAUGAUGAGACAGUCAUCCUCCGACACUAUGAAGACAUGGUGGUGGAUGAAUGUGGGUGUGGGUAGAGUGUCGGUAAUAGGAUAGGAAUGU